AUGUCCGCUCCUUCUCUCACCAACUACAUUGUCAAGCGCCCAUGGCUCAAGCGCUGGAUGAUGCCACUUGCCCAGUGGUACACCGACGCCGCCGGCUACAGGAGACUCGGAUUGAGAUUCGAUGACCUGAUUCCCGAGGAGAGCGACGUUGUUCAGACGGCCCUUAAGCGUCUUCCUCCCAAGGAGGCCUACGACCGCGUCUUCCGUAUCCGCAGAGCUUUCCAGUGCUCCGUUUCCCACACCCUGCUUCCCGCUCACGAGCAGACCAAGCCCGAGGAGGACGUCGAGUACCUGAGCCCCAUCAUCCGCGAGAUCGAGAAGGAGAACAAGGAGCGUGAGGACCUCGACACCCUCGUUGUUAGACGGUAG